CUCUCUGUUCUUGAAGUUUUCUGUCGCUGAAAUUUUCCAAGAAAAUCUCCCAUUGUAGCCCAAAAAAAGAAAAUUCUGAGCAGAAUAUUUUGGGAAUGACAAUAGAAGUACCAAAUCUUUGGGCCGUAAGGAGAAGCCGUAGCAAUGGAAGAAUCCCUAAAGAAAAAGAAAAGGCGUACGUCUUCCUGUUGGAUCAUGUAAAAUGGACAAACGAAAUUCCCUACUGUCCUCAAUACCAUCCAACAGAGGAGGAGUUAAAAAAUCCUUUACUUUAUCUGCAAAAGAUUGCUCCUGAUGCUUCCAAAUAUGGUAUUUGCAAAAUUAAAUCACCUUGGGAGGUUUCUGUGACUGCUGCUCAUGUACUGAGUAAGGAGAUCGAGGAUUUUAAAUUUGGAACUUUAGUUCAACCUCUUCAGGUUGAUACCGAGGGGGCAUUCUAUCAAGAGGAGGGCAGGAAAUAUACCUAUGGUACCUUCCAGCACAAGGCAAAUGAGGAGUUUGUUCGUCAGUUUCCUCGUGCAGGUGGUCGUCCUCUUUCAUACAUAGAAAAGAGAUUUUGGCUUGAAAUGGCUCAUAAACAAGAAACAGUUGAGUAUGCAGUGAAUGUUGAAGGCAGCGCCUUUUCCACGGAUCCUGGCGACAAGCUUGCAACAAGCAAUGGCAAUUUGAAGCAUUUUAAUAAGCUGCCAGACAAUGUUUUUCGCCACCUGGAUAUAACUGUUCCGGGAAUAACAGAUCCGAUGCUUUACAUUGGUAUGAUAUACAGUAUUUUUGCUUGGCAUGUGGAAGAUCAAUACUUAUAUAGCAUCAAUUAUCUUCACUCUGGAGCACCCAAAACUUGGUAUGGUGUUCCAGGUAAUGAGGCUCCUCAGUUCGAAAGGGUAGCAAUGUACCAUCUGUUUGCCAGUAAGAACUUUUCCCUCGAGGGUGAGGACAGAGUUUUCAAUAGGUUAGCAGGAAAAACGACAAUGUUUCGUCCAAAUUUAUUGCUGCAAAAUGGUGUACCUGUUUACAAGGCUCUGCAGAUGCCUGGGGAAUUUGUUGUUACCUUUCCUAGAGCAUAUCAUGGAGGAUUCAGUAAUGGUUUUAAUUGUGGCGAGGCAGUAAACUUUGCACUUAAAGAUUGGUUUCCAUUUGGGAAAGAUGCUGGAGAUCGGUAUGCACGUCUCCACAAGCAGUUGUUUGUUCCUUAUGAAGAGCUCCUUGUUAAAGAAGUAAUGUCGCGUAAUCACUCAGCUGCAGAAUCUGCCUCUCAAACUUCUGCUAAUGCUUGUUUUAGAGAGCAUAUAAAAUCUCUAAACAGCACUCUCAUGAACUUAAAGAAUCUAAAAGUUCCAUUUGUGUAUACACCAAAUUCUGAAAUAUCAAUCUGCAGCCUAUGCUACCAUGACUGCUACUUGGCCUCUGUCCGGUGUCAAUGUCGAACCAGAUGCCUUUUCCAUGAGCUUGUGAAGCUUCAUUGUUCUAAUGGAUGCAACAUAACUGUACAUCUAAGUCGAGAGGUGCUGCGUGUAGAAACUAAAGCUCUUGACCUUCAGAUUGAAGAAAUAAUGUCAGAGCAUGAACAUAUAGUUUCUUGCAUUGAAGAUGGACUUGCUCUAGAUAGAGAGUUGAAUACCAAAUUAGGACAAGCCCGUGCCAGCUCAAGUAGGAACUAAAUAAGCUGCAGAGUACACAAGACCUAACUGGGGCAUUCCAUAGCUCUCCAUAAACCAUUACAGAUAUCUUUUGCACAUAUCAAUCCAAAUUAU